UAUCCUAGACCAAAAAUGUUACAUUUUAUUCAUGCGGUUACUGUGGGAGUGACAAUCAGCCAAUUUACAUCCAGAUCACCACCUCUAAUAUAUGUAAAAAUUCUUUCCACGUCCGCAGAUGAUGAAGGCACAGACGUAGAUCAGAACAUUCUAGAUGCUCUUCUCUUCAAUACCUCUCGUAUCGGGCACGGCUAUGCUCUGGCACACCAUCCUCUCGCCAAAGAGCUUUCCAGGAAGAGGAACGUAGCUGUGGAGCUCUGCCCAAUCUCUAACCAGGUGCUGAAGCUGGUGUCGGAUCUGAGGAACCACCCUGCAGCCGUUCUGAUGUCCGAGGGUCACCCUCUGGUGAUCAGCUCAGAUGAUCCCGCUCUCUUCGGCUCAACUGGACUCUCCUACGACUUUUACGAAGCCUUUGUAGGAAUCGGAGGUCUGAAGGCCAGUCUGGGCACGCUGAAAGAGCUGGCCGCCAACUCCAUCAGGUACAGCUCGCUGCCAGCUCAUUUUAAAGACAGAGCUUUCGCCAUGUGGCAAAACAAAUGGGACGCCUUCAUCUCUGAUAAUUCGUGACUGUCCAAUUAUAACUGAUCCUGUUUGACUUGAACUAUAAUAUU